CAAAAGAAACAAAAGGACUUCUGCUCCGUGUGCCAAAGUAGGGGGAGAUAAUGUUAUUGACCGAUUUGUACUGGCUGAGAUGUUACUUGCUUUCUACUUCUUGAUCACUUGCUCUUUAAGUAAAAUGAGGCACAGAGUUGUUGCUGAAACGAGUGGGAACAGCAUUUUGAUUUGCUGGUUUAAUUAAAAAUGAUAAAGGAUUAAAGAUCGUGGAUGUUGGGAUACAACUACAUGCAAGAUGCUCUCUAUGAAAGCAUCACAGCCUUUGCCUCCAGUUUAACAAACUCAAAGACAAACCCGUGGAAAUAUUGAGUGAUUUCGCUUCGCCUGCCUUCCCCCUUUUUAUUAAUCGCAUUAUAUUCUGUUAACACCCAGGCAAGAAAUACUCGACUUUUCCCCUCCUCACAGGAAAAGGUGGACGUGGACUGCAGGUUGUAAACCUAGACAUACUUGGGGAAGGAAGACAAGAAGAGUUAAAUUUUAAAAAAGCCCAUCGGAGAAAAACGAAUGUCCCCACAUCUCCAAAGGAAAGUUCAUCGGAUCUUUAUUCUAGAGAUCUCAUCUUCAGGAUGUCAGUGAACACUUCCACUACAGGAAAAGGUGUGGAUCCAAACGCGGUUGAUACUUACGACAGUGGCGAUGAUUGGGAAAUUGGGGUUGGUAAUUUAAUUAUUGAUUUGGACGCCGAUUUGGAAAAGGACAGACAGAAGUUUGAGAUGAAUAAUUCCACGAAUACCAGCAGCAGCAGCAACACCAGCUCCAAGGAUUGUGGGGGUCUGGCUUCGAGUGGGGCUAAUGCUACCUCAGCCUUAGCUGACGGCCUAAAAUUUGCUUCUGUUCAGCCCACUGCUCCCCAGGGGAAUUCCUCUCACAAAGAGACUAGCAAAUCAAAAGUGAAAAGGAGUAAAACUUCUAAGGAUGCUAAUAAAUCUCUGCCUUCUGCUGCCUUGUAUGGGAUUCCUGAGAUCAGCAGUGCUGGCAAGAGGCAGGAAGUCCAAGGGCGCCCUGGAGAGGCAGCUGGCAUGAAUUCAGCACUAGGUCAAAGUGUGAGCACUAACCCAAACGGCAAUAAUAACAACACCAGCAACAACAACACUAUUGCCUCUUGUGGGAAAAACAAAGAGGAGAAACCAGGUAAAAACCAGGGCAGCAGAGGCUCCAAGCGGGAUAAGGAUGCGGGGAAGUCCAGGAAGGACAAGCAGCAUGACCUGCAGCAGGGCCAUCCCAACGGCAGUGGGAGUAGCAGCAGCCAAGCUCCCCCUGGGCACCUCUAUGGCUACGGGCCCAAGGGAGGCAGUGGUGGGAGCAGCAGCCCCUUCCACUGUACCUCCUCUGCCAUGGGGGAGGUGAGCAAAAGUACCCCGGAUUCAGGGUUAAUGGGGAACUCUAUUUUGGUAAAGAAGGAAGAGGAGGAGGAGGAGAGCCACAGGCGAAUCAAGAAAUUGAAAACAGAAAAGGUUGAUCCCCUGUUUACAGUGCCUGCACCUCCACCUCCGAUUUCCAGCAGUAUCACACCUCAGAUUCUGCCUUCCUACUUUUCCCCAUCUUCAUCCAAUAUUGCAGCACCAGUCGAGCAGCUUUUGGUGCGGACUCGUUCAGUGGGUGUAAAUACUUGCGAGGUUGGAGUAGUAACAGAACCCGAAUGCCUUGGACCCUGUGAGCCCGGGACCAGCGUGAACUUGGAAGGAAUUGUGUGGCAUGAAACUGAAGAAGGUGUUCUGGUGGUGAAUGUUACAUGGAGGAACAAGACCUACGUGGGAACGCUGCUGGACUGCACAAAGCACGACUGGGCCCCUCCCAGGUUUUGUGAGUCGCCAACGAGUGACCUGGAAAUGAGGGGAGGCCGGGGCCGGGGGAAGCGGGCCAGGUCGGCUGCGGCUGCAGCCAUACCCGGCAGCGACACAAGCUUUGCAGAGUCCAGAGGGCUCCAGGGCAAGAACCGCGGUGGCGCCAACGGGAAGGGGCGCAGGGGCAGCCUGAACACAAGCGGACGCAGGACACCCCCAAACUGUGCCAUCGACGACAUCAAAGCCAGCCCCUCGGCCACCAACAAGAGGAAGAAUAAGCCUCCCAUGGAGCUAGAUUUGAACUCCAGCUCAGAAGACAAUAAACCGGGAAAACGUGUCCGUACUAACUCCAGAAGCACUCCCACCACCCCCCAGGGGAAGCCUGAGACCACGUUUUUGGACCAAGGCUGCUCUUCCCCGGUGCUGAUUGACUGUCCUCACCCCAACUGCAACAAAAAGUACAAGCACAUUAAUGGACUGCGAUACCACCAGGCUCACGCACAUUUAGACCCAGAAAACAAACUGGAGUUUGAGCCUGACAGCGAAGACAAAAUUUCAGACUGCGAGGAAGCGCUGAGCAAUGUGGCACUUGAAUGCAGCGAGACAAGCACAAACAUGUCCGGCUUUGAUCCACUGAAAGCACCGAUGUCUCCUUCCCCCAUCACCACCACAGGGACCCCAAAGGGGAAGAGGGAGCUGACCAGCAACGGCCCCAGUUCAGUUAUCAGUUCCAAAACUGGCAAGAAUUCAGGCAAAAAGAAGGGUCUGAGCAGUGAACUGAACAGCCUUCCAGUAAUUGCUAACAUGGCGGCCACCCUGGACAGUUGCUCGGUUCCAGAUGGCAGCUUGCAGACCGAAAUGCCCAAGCUGGAGGCUGAAGGGCUCAUAGAAAAGAAAGGUUUGGGUGAUAAAGGCAAAAAAGCUAACAACUGCAAAGUGGAUAAAAACCUUUCCAAACUGAAAACAGCCAGGCCCAUCGCCCCUGCGCCAGCACCCACUCCUCCCCAGCUGAUAGCGAUACCUACUGCGGCCUUUACAGCCACCACGGCAGGGACAAUACCGGGAUUGCCCUCUCUGACGACGACUGUUGUUCAGGCGACACCAAAGAGCCCUCCACUAAAACCUAUUCAACCAAAGCCCACCAUCAUGGGAGAGCCAAGCACUGUCAACCCAUCUCUUGCGUCGCUCAAAGACAAAAAGAAAAAGGAGAAGAGAAAGAUAAAGGACAAGGAGAGCAAGGAUACUGGGAGCCCAAAGGUGGAUUCCAAGCUGGGAAAGCUGGAGGAUUCAAAGGGCUCUGGGAAGGAUUUGUCUGGCCAUUUUUUAAAGGACCACCUCAACAAGAGUGAGGUGUUAGCCAACGGGCUGUCGGAGUCGCAGGAGAGCAGGAUGGCGAGCAUCAAGGCCGAAGCCGAUAAGGUUUACACGUUCACAGACAACGCGCCCAGCCCGUCCAUCGGCAGUGCCUCCCGCAUGGAGUGCAGCACGCUGGUCAACGGGCAGUCCUCGCUGGCGCCGCUGCACGUGUUGACACAAAACGGGGCGGACGGCGCGGCCGCGAAAACCAACAGCCCUGCUUAUUCCGAUAUCUCUGAUGCGGCCGAUGACGGCGGCUCUGACAGCCGGUCGGAGGGCAUGAGGUCAAAGGCCAGCUCUCCGUCAGACAUUAUUUCUGGUAAGGACAGCAUCGUGAAAGGGCAUUCUGCGACCGUGGCACAGUCGGCUCAAGCAAAAGAGUCCCAUUCUCCCUAUUACCAUGGCUACGAUCCCUAUUAUUCUCCAAGUUACAUGCACUCCGGACAGGUCACUGCCACUGCAGCUGGGAACAGUAGCACACCACAGGGGAUGAAGAUUAAAAAAGAGACCGAGGAAGAGGCUGAGAAGAAAGAGAAGAUUGAGCCGUUGGACCCCAAGAAGAUUGAAACUGGCUCCUCUAAUUUGCAGCCGCAGCAUCAGUCUGUAAUUACACAAAGACACCCUGCACUUGCCCAGUCACUUUAUUACGGCCAGUAUGCUUAUGGACUGUAUAUGGACCAAAAGUCCUUAAUGGCCUCCAACCCUGCUUACAGGCAGCAGUAUGAAAAAUACUACGAGGACCAGAGACUAGCAGAACAGAAGAUGGCACAAACUGGAAGAGACUGUGAAAGGAAGAACGARCCCACUCUGAAGGAUAUAGGGAAGGAUGAUAACAAGCAGAAGAAUAUCCCAUCUGCUACAAUUUCAAAGGCCCCUUCAACUCCAGAGGCAAGCAAAAAUAACACUAAAUUAGGGCCAUCAGUCCCUAACAAAGGUGAGGAGACGAGCAAAUCGCAGAUCCUCUCCAAUCACCAGCAGCAGCUUCAGACCGACAGUUUCAAAGCCAAACAAAUGGAAAACCACCAGCUCAUAAAAGAGGCUGUGGAGAUGAAAUCGGUCAUGGACUCCAUGAAGCAGACGGGAGUAGAUCCCACCAGCAGAUUUAAACAGGACCCAGAUUCACGAACAUGGCAUCAUUAUGUCUAUCAGCCCAAAUACCUUGAUCAGCAAAAAUCCGAAGAACUUGAUCGUGAGAAAAAGCUGAAAGAAGACAGCCCAAGAAAAACACCUAACAAGGAAAGCUCUGUGCCCAGCCUUCCUGUCUCAUUAGCAAGCAUUAAAGAGGAGCCAAAAGAGGUCAAGCGUUCUGAUUCUCAGUCAGUGGAUGAGAACAAAAUAAAAAAUGAUGACCGCAAGACUCCUGUAAAUUGGAAGGAUUCUAGGGGUGCUAGAGUGGCAGUUUCUUCACCAAUGAGUCAGCAUCAGUCAUACAUCCAGUACUUGCAUGCCUAUCCUUAUCCACAGAUGUACGAUCCCAGCCACCCAGCCUAUCGUGCCGUCUCUCCCGUCCUCAUGCACAGCUAUCCUGGGGCCUAUCUCUCUCCAGGAUUUCAUUAUCCUGUUUAUGGGAAGAUGUCAGGGAGAGAAGAGGCGGAGAAGGUCAACACAAGCCCGAGUAUCAAUGCAAAAUCAACCACUGAGUCCAAAGCACUGGAUUUGCUCCAGCAGCAUGCCAGCCAGUAUCGCAGCAAGUCCCCUGUUCCUGUGGAAAAAUCUGCAGCCGAGCGUGAACGGGAAGCGGAGAGGGAGCGAGACCGUCACUCUCCUUUCGGCCAGCGGCAUCUCCACACACACCAUCACACACACGUUGGAAUGGGUUAUCCACUCAUACCCGGUCAAUACGACCCAUUUCAAGGAUUGACCUCUGCUGCCCUUGUUGCCACUCAGCAGGUGGCUGCUCAGGCAUCUGCGUCUGGUAUGUUUCCUGCACAAAGAAGAGAAUGAUGAGUUUGGAAAUAUACGUUGUCAUGUGACUGGAUCACAUGAGGAAG